AUGACGUCUCAAAUGGGCAAAGAUGGAACCUUCAAGGCUCCGCAGUCGGCACAGAGCCAGAACAAGCCAGGACUGGAGAAGUACAUGCAGCCACCCAGUGAAUCAACCAAGCUCGAGUCGGUCGGGAGUUUCGUUGAAUAUGCCGGUUGUGGUAAACUGAAAGACAAAAAAGUUCUCAUCACGGGUGGAGAUUCAGGAAUUGGUCGAUCGGUUGCCAUAUUGAUGGCACGAGAGGGUGCUGAUAUCUUCAUCGUCCAUUUGCCUGUGGAACAGGAGGAUGCUGAAGAUACGAAGAAAGCUAUCGAGGCUGAAAAGAGAACCUGCCAUCUCUUUGCUGGAGAUCUGUCAGAUCGUAAUACAUGCCGUAAGGCUGUUGAAGAGCAUGUCAAAAAGUUUGGCAGAAUCAAUGUCCUUGUUAACAAUGCCUCGCAGCAAUACAUGUACAAGGACUUCCUUGAUGUUGACCUCGACAAGGUUGAAGAUACCUUCCGCGUCAAUAUUAUCCAAAUGAUAGCUAUGGCGAAAUUCGCUCUUCCAUACAUGUCAAAGGGCGACAGCAUCAUCAACACCACUUCCGUGGUGACAUUCCGUGGCUCAGGAACCAUGAUCGACUAUGCAGCGACCAAGGGAGCUAUUGUUGGAUUUACCAGGUCUCUGGCGUCGCAUCUGGUUCCGAAAGGAAUCCGUGUGAAUGCUGUUGCGCCCGGUGCCACCUACACGCCCAUUCAGGUUGAUUCUCGAGAGCCUGAUCUGAUGGUGAACUGGGGAGCACAGACUGCUCUGGGACGCCCUGCUGAGCCAAGUGAAGUAGCGACGAGUUUUGUCUUCCUGGCGAGUGCGGAUGCUUCGCUCUACUAUGGUCAAAUUAUGCAUUGCUAUCCUUUGAAUGAUUGA